AGCGUUGUCAGCAGGAGGUUUUCCUGGUGCCCACAAGGCCUCAGCAUCCAGAGCAGCUCUUGGCGUGCUCCUUGCAGGAGGAUCACCUCGUCUGAGUUGUUCUCAGAUUACGGCCGGUGUCCUUUUGUUUCUCUAUUUUCUUGCACAGUCCUUGGACUGGUGCAAGUGUCCUGUUUUACCCCUUUUUACUUGCACAGUCUCAGGACUUGUGCAAGUGUCCUGUUUUUCCCCUUUUUACUUGCACAGUCUCAGGACUUGUGCAAGUGUCCUGUUUUACCCCUUUUUUACUUGCACAGUCUCAGGACUUGUGCAAGUGUCCUGUUUUUCUCCUUUUUACUUGCACAGUCUCAGGACUUGUGCAAGUGUCCUGUUUUACCGCUUUUUUACUUGCACAGUCUCAGGACUUGUGCAAGUGUCCUGUUUUUCUCCUUUUUACUUGCACAGUCUCAGGACUUGUGCAAGUGUCCUGUUUUACCCCUUGUUACUUGCACAGUCUCAGGACUUGUGCAAGUGUCCUGUUUUUCCCCUUUUUACUUGCACAGUCUCAGGACUUGUGCAAGUGUCCUGUUUUUCCCCUUUUUACUUGCACAGUCUCAGGACUUGUGCAAGUGUCCUGUUUUACCCCUUUUUUACUUGCACAGUCUCAGGACUUGUGCAAGUGUCCUGUUUUUCUCCUUUUUACUUGCACAGUCUCAGGACUUGUGCAAGUGUCCUGUUUUCCCCCUUUUUACUUGCACAGUCCCGGGACUUGUGCAAGUGGGGAUUUUUUCCAUUGUUGUUUCCUGGCCUACGGACUCGAGCAGCCCUGCUCAAAGGAUGGAGCGAGUCCGUAGAGCAGUCAGCAGCGCCUUUUCAUUGGCGGCUUCUCGGAAAGCUUUUCUUCGUUUGGCUGCUCGCCUCAGAGGUGGAAGGAGUCAAGCGCGCGCUUCGGUCCCACGAGGAGAGGAUCUUGCCAGUCAGGACUCCUGGGCCCAGGCAGGAAAGGCGGAGCGGCAGGAGAGCACGGACAGAGUGCACGGCGCCCAGGAGUUCAGGUGGAAGGAGUUGGCUGCAUUUGAGAGAAAGUGCCACUCCUCAUUAGAGAGGGCGUCUGAAGUGGCGGCAGCGACAGCGGAGGAAUGGCAGCCUCAGAGGGAUCUGCUGAAGGAAGCGGUUCCUCUGGCUGUGCCAAAGGUUUUCCGGCGGCAGCGGCCAGCCCACAGGGGCCUGGAGAAGCUGCUGCAGGAGUUCUCCCGCCAAGGGCACACCCUGUCCCAGGUGUGCAGAGAGAAGGCAGUGCUGGCACAGGAGAACGCUGCCCUGGAAGCCCGACUGGCAGCCACGGAGCGGGACCUGUGAGGCCUUUCAGAGCAGCUGGCAGAGGCCAGGUCAGAGAAGGAGAGCCUGCAAAGCAGCCUGCUGGAGGCUCAGCAGCACUUAUGGGAGCUGGAGAUGGCCAGGAGCCGUGUGGAAGCCCAAGUGCACAGGGCCAGGCAGGCCAAGGAGGCAAUACUGGAGGAUGUGAGGGGCCUUCGUCGUGAGCUGCUGGCUGUAAGAGCUCUCAGCCAGCAGCAAUGUGAAGACAUGGCUGAACAGCUCCGCUGGGCACAAGAGCAGUGCUGCAAGGCUCUGAGACUCUGGCACUCUGCCCAGGAAGAGGAAAAAACGAAUCUCAUGCAAGAACUGGAGAGACAACUGGAAGAGCAGCAUGUGGAGGCACGGAAGCAGCUGGAGGAACGGUCAAACUUCCUGGCAGAGACAUCCUUGCUGUAUUCCACGGGCGGGGAAAUGAAGAAGAGAUCAGUGGGAAAAUCUUUGAUUCCCCGUCUGCGCAAGGCAGGAAUUCCCCCUGUGGGCAGUGCUGCUGGGUCUGUGCACAGCUCUCCCCAGAUGGAAUUGCAGGAGUCCCAGGAGAUGAGGCCAAGACCCAGCAGCAGAAGCCAGGAGAAGACCCCGGAGCAUGCAGAUCUGACUGGCUACACUCCUGCCACGAAUCUUCCUGACACACGUCCCGCUUCACUCCUUCCCUUCAAGCCCUUGCCUCCCAUCCAAGAGAGCUCUUCCAUCAAGCUGAGCAAGAUGUAUGAUGGGGAGGAACAGAAAGGGAAAAGUAGCACUGACAACGAAGAUGUCAGAAGAAACAACGCGGAGCAGAGUUCAGAGGGAAAAGGACAUAAGACCUCCUUGCUGUGCUCCACUGGCAGGGAAAUGAAGAAGAGACAAUUGGGAAAAUCUUUAAUCCCCCGUCUGUGCAAGGCAGGAAUUCCCCCUGUGGGCAGUGCUGCUGGGUCUGUGCACAGCUCUCCAAAGAUGGAAUUGCAGGAGUCCCAAGAGAUGAGGGCAAGACCCAGCAGCAGAAGCCAAGAGAAGACCCCGGAGCAUGCAAGCCUCUCACUGAGUCAGGCCAAGGAGACAGAUCAUCCCAGCAGUCCUGGUCUUAGGAGUGACAAGGAGCGGAGGGACAGCUUUGGAAAGACCCACGCUGAAUUGUGCAGGUUGGCUAAAGAGAACUUAGAGCUGAAGAAAAUGGAGAUUUUGAUGGAAGAGAUGAAGAGGAGACAAAAUGAAAAAUCCUUGCAACUUCCUCCAGAGACAUUUGAGCCUGGGGAUGCAGCUGAAGCAAGCUUCAGCCUACCACCUAUCAAUGGCACAGUUUCCAGUGUACAGAGAAAAGACCCUGGUAGCGCCAUGAAGAAAACGGUCGUGAGAAAGCAGGACACGGUGCCCUUACAGCCCAGUACGCCCACCCUCCCUGGAGAUGGCAGCUUCCCACGCAGCUCCUCGGAGACCUCGCAGACAGCCACUGGUGCCCAGCGCCAAGAGGAGCCGCUCCGUGGGCACAGGCAGAAGGACAGAGCCUUUUCGGACCCACAGCAGGCCUUGCAGGAGGCACUGUCCUUGCUGGGCAGCGACGACUGGGAACAGAAGAAGAAGGGACUCUUGAACAUCACACUGCUGGCUGAGUCCCAUUCAGAAGUCCUGCUCUGUCGACUUCGUGAGAUUUGCUUGGCAGUUACCAGUGAGGUGACCAACCUCCGGUCCAACGUGUCCUGCUCUGCAAUUGUCACUCUGGGAGAGCUCUUUGCGAUCUUGGGGAAGGACAUGGACUCCGAGGUGGAUCAGAUUGCUGCAGUCCUUCUCCACAUGUUGCGGAACUCCCCAGAGUUUAUUCAGAAGGCAGCCUGUCAGAGCCUGGGGAUGAUGGUAGAGAACGUGACUCCUACACGAGCAAUGACUGCUCUCAUGGACAAUGGAGUCAAGAGCCGCUACGUCCCUGCGCGGAAGUGUACGGCCGAACUCCUCCUGUCCUUGAUGGAGAAAAUGGGAGUCACGAAGCUUGCAGGCACACCCAUGGCUGAGAGGCUGGCACAGGUGGCAGGGACACUUGCUCAGGACAGUCACAAGGACACGAGGCAUUAUGGACAGGAGAUGGUGAAGAUGUUGCUUAAUAAUCAAAAAUUUAAAAAGCUUUUGGAACAAUCUCUUUCAACGCAUGACCUGGAAGAUAUCCUGAAGAGAAUUAAGAAGAAAGAAUACUGCCCUGCUGUCAAGCCCUGUGGAGCUGGAAGAAGCUUGGGGAUGGAAAACAACAAGGCUGAACUCCCACCUGUGCAGGAGCCGGUGAAGAAGAGGAAUGAUGGCUCCCAGAAGCCCCAGGCCACAUCACCUCCUAGCAAACGGGCAAAGUCUGCCACUGGUGGACGCCGCCUACGCCGUGCAAGAGCCCAGGUCACAUUACCUGCAUCUGUGGAAGAAAGGGAGCUGCUCCAGAAGCUUUACCAUCUCCUGGAAGCCAAGGCGUUCCAGACACGGAUGGAAGGAGUGGCACUCCUCCUAGACCUGUCCAAAACCAGACCCCAGCUCAUCUCCACUAACAUUGUCCAAAUUUUUGAUUAUUUUGGCCUGAGAAUCUGUGACACACAUAAGAAAGUGAAGCAGAAGGCGCUGGAGGCGCUGGCAGAAAUCAUAGGACUGCUGCAGGAUGCCAUGAACCCGUUGAUGAUCCGUUUGGUUGAAGGCAUAACAAAGAACCUAAACUCAAAGGAUCCCGGGGUUCAUGCUGCAGCUAUGACGGCACUGGACCAAUCUGUUGUGCAUUUAGAUGAAGUAUCACUGAUGAAAGAGCUCUGCCACCAAUGGAGACGACUGAGUGGCCAAGCUCUGCUGGAUGUCACGGAGCGUAUCACAGUGCUUGUGGAAUGGGCUCAUGCCAGGAGCCCUGAAGCGGUCGAGCGCUACGCCCUGCCCGUGCUCUGGUCCUGCCUGGAGAACAAGGCGCUGCCUGUGCGAAGCGCCAACGUCUGCGCUGUGGUCACCAAGCUGGCCUGUGCCCUAUGUGAGGCACUGGGCAGCCAGAUCAUUAAGUUUGCUGACAGCACACCUCCACACGUGCAGGAAAACCUCAACAGCCUUCUGGGCUGGUAACGGUUUGAUGUUCUCCAGAAAGCGGACAAGUUUCUGAGCUGGACACCACGGGACGUGACUUUUCAGCUGUGCCAGAAAUGACAAAAUACUAAGGAAGGGUGUGGAUCUGCCCCCACUCUGUUAUCACCAUUGCCCUUCCUAGUCAUGACAUGGGGGGCCAGAAGCAACAGCAGACUGAUGACAAGGUGAAGAUGAAGUAUGGAUCAGCCUCAAGUGAACCCAGACUGAGGAAAAGGUGAAGACUAAGCAUGGAUCAGCCUGAAGCAACUGCAGACAGAGGACAAGAUGAAGACCAAGCAUGGAUCUGCCUCACACAGAGAUACGACUGGCUACAGUCUUUCCAAGAAGUUUUCUCUGGACAUUUCUGAUAUUCCCUUACCAAGAAAGUCCUUGCCUCCAGUCCAGAAAUGCUCUUUCUUCCAAGAUCAGGAAGAAGCUGCCAACUGUCCAAAGAAUGUUUCAAGAAUAGGAUUUAGGCUUUAGGAUUAUCAAGAAUAGGAUUCAUUAAGAAUAGGAUUCAUCAAGAAAAGUAUUCAUCAACAAUAGGAUUCAUCAAGAAUAGGAUUCAUCAACUAUAGGAUUCAUCAACAAUAGGAGUUAGGAUUUUGGAAUAGGUUUAGGCUUCAUAGUUGCAGAUGUAUCUAUGUUCUGAUAGUUUUGAAUAAAUGUGUUUGAUUGUAUAUUUAAA